AACUUAAAUUAAUAAGUUUGUGGGUGUGUCUAAAAGUAAAAUGCCUUAUGCCAAAAAUCCUUUGGUAAAAGUUUCUGAAAUAACUGACGAGAAUGUCAAAUUCAUCAUCGAAAGAACUGACCUGAGUAUGGCCAAUGCAUUAAGACGAAUAUUUAUUGCAGAAGUUCCAACAUUAGCUAUUGAUUGGAUUCAUUUAAUUGCUAAUUCAACUGUUCUUCAUGAUGAGUUUAUUGCUCACCGAAUUGGACUGGUACCACUUACUAGUGAUGGAACAGUCGAUAAAAUGCAGUAUUCAAGAGAAUGUACUUGUAAUGAUUUUUGUCCAAUGUGUGCCAUAGAGUAUACACUUGAUGUAAAGUGUAAUGAUGAAAGCACUAGAGCUGUUACCACACGUGACCUUUUGUCUUCAAAUCAAUCAGUUAUACCAGUAACUUCAAUGGUUAGAGAAAGUGACACAUCAGAUUAUGGCUUAACUGAUGAUAUUUUAAUAGUUAAACUUAGGAAAGGGCAAGAAUUGAAACUGAAAGCUUAUGCAACAAAAGGAUUUGGUAAAGAACAUGCUAAAUGGAGCCCAGCAGCUGGUAUAUCAUUUGAAUAUGAUCCUGAUAACGCAUUAAGACACACUACUUAUCCUAAACCAGAGGAAUGGCCUAAGAGUGAAUACAGUGAAAUUGAUGAAUCUCAACCAGAAGCUCCUUUUGACUUCAAGAGUAAACCAAGCAAAUUUUUCUUCAAUGUUGAAUCAUCUGGAUCGUUACGAGCAGAGACCAUUAUCAUGUCAGGAUUGAAUGUACUCAAGCAAAAGUUAAGUGAUCUACAAAUUCAAUUGCAGCAACAAACUGCUGAAGAAGCACUUGCUAUAUGAUGGCCUGCCUGAUUUAAACUGAAACUUACCUCACACAUUUCACAACAUUUCAUAAGAAUAACUUACUUACAACCACACUUACAUGAAGCUAAUAACAUGAGACUUGUUAUGUAUUGCAUUGGAAAUCAAUAUUACUUGAUUCAUGUGA